AUGGCUUUUGGACAUAAAACAUUUCGAUGUUCCGCCUGCUACAACGUGGUGAAGAACAGGCCGAUAAUCAGACUAGUCAACUAGUAGCGCGCUAGGAAGCGCCAAUGUCACCACUAUGACAAACUCAUUAGAGAGGCGAACGCUGAAUAGUUGCUGUAUUUAUCUUCAAAAUCCUCGGGUCUUUCUUAUUUUGAGUUUGUCGGUCCACGGCCAUAUGUAAACUAACUAGUUACGUUAGUUAUCUGCUAGCGUGCUAGGCGGUGGGCUACUAGUAUCACUCCGGUACAGCUUGCUAGCGUCUAGACUUCUCGGUCUUGGUGUUUCCCACAAACUAAUAGCCAUGCCAUAAUUGUAAAUCACAUUUGUAAAACGUGUAGCUAGCUAACCAAGAUAACCCAUCUACAUUUUGACAGUUUCGGGAGCGUUAUAAGAAAGUAGCUAGCUAGAAGACCACCAUUAAAGUGUUUUGUCUCUUUGCUGGCUCUCUACCUACCUAGCAAGUUAACAACCCUCAUUUGUUGCAGGUGUUCAAGCGCUACGUUGAGAUCGGCCGCGUUGCCUACAUCUCUUUCGGGCCCCACGCAGGCAGCUUGGUGGCCAUCGUCGAUGUCAUCGACCAAAACAGAGUAAGCAUAGCAUUGAUGAUAUCCUGACUGAGGUCUCCCAACUCUCUUCCUUUUAAGUUACUGGUUGUGCAGGCUUGCUCCAACCCUGCAGUAACAUGUCAGAUUCACAUGAUCAACUAGUCACAGUCUUCUUUCUGGCCUGGAAUUGGUUGACUGGUGUUGCUGCAGGGCUGGAACAUAAAUCUGGAGUUGGGAGAGCAGGCUCUAAACCAGCACCUGUAUCACCUACUCUGCUAGCGGUUAUAUGUCUGUUAGUCUUUUAUCCACCAACCCUUCUCCAGAGUCCUGCUUCAAAGUAUUGUCCAAUGAGCUAAUCAAAAACUCACCAUUGUGUGAGUGGUAGAGCCAGGUUGUUGACGUAAUGUAAACUACCACAUAGAGCAGUUAAUUUAAGAAUGGUUCAACUCAGCAUAGACCUGUUUGAUUAAACUGGCUGUGGUGUUUGUCUCAGGCACUGGUGGAUGGACCCUGCACAGGGGUGAAGAGACAGUCAAUGCCUUUCAAGUGCAUGCAGCUCACUGACUACGUCAUCAAAGUCCCACACAGGUGAGUGAGAGGACCUCAGGGGUGUAUUCACUAGGAAUCAAGCAGAAGCAAACUGAAUGAAACAGGGAAGUACUUACCUAACUUUGUCCAAUAUGAACUUAUUUGCUUUGCAAAAUGUUUUGCUACGGUUUGCACAAAUGAAUACAUUCCAGUCCUCUAUCAAGAUAUUGAUUGGUUCAGUCAGUUGUAUUACAGCUGGUCUGGUACAAAAACGUGCACACACAAACACUUCAAUGAACUGUUUGGCUGUUGCUUUUGCAUUUUCCUGUGGUGGAUUUUGAGUCACAGACCUACUGCAGGAGCCUCACAGAACACACGGCUACCUCUGGCUCUUUGCUCAUUUCCAUCCUCUGGGCCAUAACCCUUCCUGUGUUGCAGUGCUCGUCAGAAGUUUGUGAAACGCGCCUGGGAGAAGGCCCAAGUCACAGAGAAGUGGGCAGAAAGCAACUGGGCCAAGAAGAUCGAAGCCAGGCAAAAGGUACGGAGUGUUUUAGAUUGCUUUUAGCUGCUAGUCAAAAGGAAACUCCUGAUGGGGUCCACGUGUUUCUGGACUAGGGCUUCUAUCUCCUUAGUAACCCUGGGGCUGUGUUUUCUAAAUGGAUGGGGGAGGGGGGAGAUUGGUCUGCUUGUGGGUAACAGUUGGUUCCUCGAGGGUUGUGGCUAAACAUUUUGUGAAAUGGGACACAGGAUAGUUCAAUAGGCUUUAGGUGAAUCACUGCCCACAUCAAAAUUUUUGGCUUGCUAUGCUACUGCAAUGUUCCUGCAACUCCAGGGUGGUGGUCACAAUGAACCAUACGGAAGCAAAUGGGCCAAAACGGGGAAGGACCUACCUGAAUCUGUCCACUAAGCAAAUAUUCUUCAUUUCUGUUGCAAAAAUGUUUUGCUUAAGCGCUGCUAAUGCCUACGUCUCCGCUGUAACUGUUGUGUCUCUGCAGAGGGCACAGAUGUCCGACUUUGACCGCUUCAAGGUGAUGAAGGCCAAAAGGAUGGUAAGUGGAGAAAACGUUCAGAUUAUUCAUUGAUAAAAUACUUGUCCCCAAUGAUUGACUGGUCACUGAUUUUGCUGUUUGUGUCCACAGAGGAACAAGGUCAUCAAGCAUGAGGUGAAAAGGCUGCAGAAAGAGGCAGCGAAGAAGGCGUGAUCUAUCAUUAAUAAAUCCUCUGGUUGAAAUGUU